AUCAGCUGUUGACAGACCGAAGCUCCGUUCAAUCUCGACCUCCGGUGCUCACCGAGUCUCUGCUGUCGCUGUGGCCGCUUUUUAAACGCACAUGCUGUUUGUCGACCGCCCGGUAACGGAGCCUAUGCUGCCAUGAGUGCUUUGUGUCGCCUGAUCCAGCGGGGACUGCUGAGCGGUCGGCCGUCGUGUCGCCUGUUUCCCGGCCAGCAGGAUGUGUGCGGGGCGGCUGCACCGGUCCGGGCGGCGAGCUCGUCCAGUCCAGUCAACUUGACCUAUGAUGUCUUCGACGGGAAGGGAGAGAGCACUCCCCUGGUGUUUCUCCAUGGCCUUUUUGGCAGCAAAUCUAACUUCCACUCAAUAGCGAAGUCCUUGGUGCAGCGCACAGGCCGAAAGGUGCUGACUGUAGAUGCCCGUAACCACGGCACCAGCCCUCACAGUCCGGUGCUGACCUAUGAAGCGAUGACCAACGAUUUGAAACACCUCCUCGCCCAGCUGCGCAUCGAGAAGUGCGUCCUCAUCGGCCACAGCAUGGGAGGGAAAACGGCCAUGACGACUGCCCUGACGCAGUCCAGUCUAGUGGAGAGGUUGGUGGUAGUGGACAUCAGUCCAGCCCAGACAUCCACGCGCACCAACUUCCGCUAUUACAUCCAGGCCAUGCAGGAGGUGAAGAUCUCCAGUGACAUCCCACGUUCCACCGCCAGGCGGAUGGCUGAGGAUCAGCUACGCAGUUUGGUCAAGGAGCGCUCGGUGCGUCAGUUCCUGCUGACCAACCUGGUGGAGCACAAUGGCCACUAUGCCUGGAGGGUCAACCUGGAGGCCAUCUCGGCACACCUUGAUGAUAUUAUGAGCUUCCCCAGCUUUGAAACCAUCUAUGAGGGACCUACACUGUUUUUGGGUGGAGCCAGUUCUGCUUAUAUCAGCUCCGACGAUUACCCAGAAAUCCAGAGGCUGUUCCCUAGCGCUGACAUCCAGUACAUCCCAGACGCGAGCCACUGGAUCCACGCAGAUAAACCCUUAGAUUUCAUCAGCUCCAUCAGCUCCUUCCUCCAGUCCUAGCUGCCUCCUGCCCUAGGCCCAGAACUUUUUUUAUGCUCUGCACCUCUGAGUGUCCAAUUUCUGAAAAUGAAGGUUAGAAUUCAGCAGCUUCAGCAAGCGUGAGUGCAGUCGUUAAUGAUGCUACUAAAUGCCAACACUGGACCAAACUCACCCUUUUACAGCAGUCAGUUCUUACCUUCAAACAAACGUAGUGUAGUGUAGUUUAAGUGAUUUUUUCUUUUGUUUAGUCUCUCUGCCAGACAGGUAGUGGUACUAGCUUGUAUAGGUGCGUUUUCAUUGAGUUUUAGAUCGGCAGGUGGAAAAUAUCUCCAGUGCAACAUAUAACAGGGCUGUUUUGGAGGUGAUAUACUAAUCCAAAGAAACUCUCAUUUGCACAGUGCUUUCUUUAUGUUGAAACAUUAAUGCCAGUCUAAUAGAAACGUGGCUUUAGGCCAAGUACAAUGUGGGAUUGCUGAAGUGGACCAGCCGUAACAUAGUUGGAUAUUAAAGUUUUGACAGCGCUGGAAUGAAACAAAUACUGUAUAUCUGAGAAGCUCUUCUUGGAGAGAAGUGAAGAAUGAGCAAAGCAAAAAUUCACGGGGGGAGAACGUGUGGGGAGGUUGGAGCUCCGCAAAGAGGCUGUAAUACAGACUUUAUGUGUGCAGAUGGUUAGUUGUAGAAACUUAUUUUAAUGUCGAUAAUAUUAUUUACUUUAUUUCUCACGUCCUCUCCUCUGUGUCUCUGCUGUUUGUCAGAGAUAAGGGAUUUACAGGUCAGUUACUUUGUCAUAGACCGAGGUCAUCGAGAGCUGAUUAUAUUUUUAUGUGAACAUAAUCCUAUACGAAAACCAAGCUGAAACACUCAAAUGCAGUAUUCACAAUCUGUUUCCUGAAUGUCUCAGGUUACAACUGGAUAUGCUAAUUAUUAUACACUUAUACUAUUCUUGUGUCUGUCUGGCAAUAAGCCGUGGUAAUGUUGUUGUGUCUUUGUAUUUGGUCAGUCCAAUCAGUGUGUUUUGAUGAAACAUGUUUUAGAGAUUUAUUAUCUAUAUCUCACUUAUCUUUACAACUGAGGCGCAAAGCUAUAUGGGUAUCUCACAGAUAUAUGCUGCAACAUUGUAUGUUGUUAUCUAAUCGUAAUAGUGUUAAUAUCAUUUCUGUUUUCCAUGAGUUUGAAUAGUACAGUCCACAGUAGUGAAACUGCCAUCUGUAUGAAUAAGCAGGGUGUUGUAAAUUUGUAUGUGCCUCUUUUGUCAAGAGCUCCUUUUCCAUUUCUGUAAAACUUGAUUUGAAAAAAAACAAAAAAACACUUUUAUUCUACAAUAAUAACUAGACUUUAGAUUGGCAGCUGGGUUGCCAGUUAUGUGUGAAUUUUCUUAAAGGAAGCUUAACAGAUGAGGGUAUAUCCCUUCAUGGCGCUAGAUGUUUACUACAAUCAGUGUUUUAUGUUCAUUUGAUGUGAAUACAGAAGUCUAGAAGGCUUUAAAUGACCAGAAUUAAGUUAAGUGAAACUCUCCUUUAUUUUAUUCUUUUUGUAAAGCUGCAGUUAGUGGAGAAGGACCCCGUCGUCCUCCUCAACCACAGGACCGACUUGUCUUGUUGCACAAUAUGCAUAGAUUGUUGGGGGGCAUCGCUGACAUUUGAAUGCAGGCCCUGCUUCAGCUUCUGGAGUGUUGCAGUAGGACAAGAAUAUGUAAGGGGAACUCUGUGUCAACAAUAUAGAAAAGUGAAUUUAUUGAAUCACAUUGAAAAAGCUGUUUGAAGAUUGUAAUCAUCUGUUCAGGAUUGUAUAUUGUUUCACUAUGAGCAUGCCUUUUCUCUUGUCAUCAGAUGUACCUUUGCUGUGCUAUAUACGUCUCAAUUUGUUGAACAUGUUGCCACAAUGUUGGCACUCAUUAUAGAUAAUGCCAUAUAUAAAUUUUAAAUGUGUGCAAGAUGCAUAUAGGUAGAGUUGAUGAUAUACUAUUGAAAAUGUACAAACUAAUAUUAUACAAUAAAAUGGCAAAAC